AUGAGAUCAUUAGCAUUAAGAACGUCAAGACGUUCUUUAAAUCCAACCAAUCAUUCUAGCUUCGCUAUUCGUACAUUAGCAACUUCUUCUUCCCUUGAUAAAUUAGCCACAGCUUCUAAAAAAGCCGCUUCAACCACCACCAUAACAGAAACUUCUAAUCCAAUCACAGGUGAACUUCAUGUCUCCAUUCAUACUCCAGGUUCUACUGUUACUAAACCACCAAAGGGUUCUUCAAUCUCUUUGAAGUCAGCCACAAGAGAUCCUUCCCAAUAUGGUACUCGUCCGAUUUAUCUUGAUGUUCAAGCUACAACUCCAACUGAUCCAAGAGUCUUGGAUAAAAUGUUAGAAUUCUAUACUGGUUUAUAUGGUAAUCCCCAUUCAUCAACUCAUUCAUAUGGUUGGGAAACUGAUAAAGAAGUUGAAAAGGCUCGUAAAUAUAUUGCUGAUGUGAUUAAUGCUGAUCCAAAAGAAAUCAUUUUCACUAGUGGUGCUACUGAAACUAAUAAUAUGGCAAUUAAAGGGGUACCUAGAUUCUAUAAAAAAACCAAAAAACAUAUCAUUACUACUCAAACUGAACAUAAAUGUGUUUUAGAUUCGGCAAGACAUAUGCAAGAUGAGGGAUUUGAAGUUACUUAUUUACCAGUUAAUUCAGAAGGUUUAAUUAGUUUAGAUGAUUUAAAAAAUGCCAUUAGAAAAGAUACUGCUAUUGUAUCUAUAAUGGCAGUUAAUAAUGAAAUUGGAGUUAUUCAACCUUUGAAAGAAAUUGGGGAAAUUUGUCGUAAAAAUAAAAUCUUUUUCCAUACUGAUGCUGCUCAAGCUUAUGGGAAAAUUCCAAUUGAUGUAAAUGAAAUGAAUAUUGAUUUAUUAUCCAUCUCAUCUCAUAAGAUCUAUGGUCCAAAGGGUAUUGGGGCUUGUUAUGUCAGAAGAAGACCAAGAGUCAGAUUAGACCCAAUCAUUACUGGUGGUGGACAAGAAAGAGGUUUAAGAUCAGGUACUUUGGCCCCUCCAUUAGUUGCUGGUUUCGGAGAAGCAGCAAGAUUAAUGAAGGAAGAAAUGGAAUACGAUCAAAAACAUAUUUAUAGACUUUCGGAUAAAUUGAAAUCAGGAUUACUUUCAAUUCCAUCAACUCAAUUCAAUGGUUCAAUGGAUCCAAAAUCUCAAUAUCCUGGUUGUGUUAAUGUUUCAUUCGCUUAUAUUGAAGGAGAAUCAUUAUUAAUGGCACUUAAAGAUAUCGCGUUAUCUUCCGGGUCGGCAUGUACUUCUGCUUCAUUGGAACCUUCAUAUGUUUUACAUGCAUUAGGUGCUGAUGACGCAUUGGCUCAUUCUUCUAUCAGAUUCGGAAUUGGAAGAUUCACUACUGAAGCAGAAGUUGAUUAUGUUAUUAAUGCUAUUAAUGAACGUGUUGAUUUCUUAAGAAAGAUGUCUCCAUUAUGGGAAAUGGUUCAAGAAGGUAUUGAUUUGAACUCGAUUGAAUGGAGUGGCCAUUAG